UCGCGACGUUUACCUUCACGUUGUUCGGGCAUCUUGAAACACAGCACAGAUGGCAUGCCCUAAAAACAGUGUCGGCCCCGUUUCCACCGCAGUGUUUUCCCCGGAGCAGCCUCUCAGGGACCGAAGCCGGAUGCCACUAGGCGGGGAGCCGAAGUUCUGUGUAGCAGAUAUCUCGACAUCUGAAUCGCAGGCAUGAUAGAUAUAUAGAGGAAGGAGUCGAAGGCGGAAUAACAACAUAACAGAAUCGACUCUAUCAGACACGCAAACCCAACUUUACACCAGCUUGCAAAGAUCGCAUUCACCAUGUCGCAGCAAAAGUUGAAGCCUACCUUUGAUGACAUCAUGGGAUGUCAGACUGCAGUCUACGAGUGGGCAGACAGCUACGACAGCAAGGAUUGGGGUCGCCUGCGCAAGUGCAUUGCGCCCACACUGAGGAUCGACUACCGCUCUUUCUUGGACAAGAUCUGGGAGUCGAUGCCUGCAGAGGAGUUUGUCAUAAUGGCCUCUGACCCCGCUGUUCUCGGCAACCCUCUCCUCAAGACACAGCACUUCAUCGGUGGCACACGGUGGGAAAAGACAGCAGAAGACGAGAUCACUGGCUACCACCAGCUGCGCGUCCCUCACCAGAGGUACACGGACGAGACCCGCUCAACAGUUGCAGUCAAGGGCCACGCACACAGCGCCAACACGCACUGGUACAAGAAGGUGGACGGCGAGUGGAAGUUUGCUGGUCUCAGCCCAGAUAUCAGGUGGUUCGAGUACGACUUCGAUAAGGUCUUUGCGGAGGGAAGGGACUCGUUCGGUGAGCAGGAGGAGAAGGAGCUGGCGCAGGCAGCCAACGGCAUCCCAGCAGAGCAGAUCUCAGGGAGCAAAGUCGAUUGAAGGUGGAGUCUGAGGGAUAACUUCUUCAGUUCCAGUCGUGCGGUUAGCGCUAUGUGAGGGAGCUGUUCGAUAUGAGGAUACCACAAAAUGACAUGUUUUCUCCACAGCAACUGUGUUGUUGACCUGGUUCAGGAAGUGGUGUGGUGG